AUGAGUACAGGUCCUAGCAAAAAUAACGACACGGUCGGGUCGCUGUUGAAGGACAUUGCGGAUUACUUGACCAGUUCACUUCGCGCACUCAGAUUUGCCGACAAGCGUCACUGGGGCCCUGACGAGUUUGAACAAAUCCGCGCCCUUGAAGAUGCAUUGGAUGAUGCGAAGGUGGAUUUCCAGGAACUAGGUGUAUUGGUUAAUGGGCAGUUCUACUAUGAAGGGGACAGGACUUCCGAAUCCCUCAACGAACUGCGCGCCCUCCUGAUCAAAUACGAAUUCCACGCCCGCAACUUCCAAGACUGGAUCCGGCAAGGCGGGCCCAUCAACCCAAUCUGGCUCAACGAGACCAAGGAACUUCAACUAGAGCUUCACCGCACACAGUGCCGCGCUGCUCGGCGCAUAUUCGCGGCUGAGCAGGAAGGGGCAUGGAAUCGAUGUCUGGGCGCCUACCAGGUGUAUCGCCAGCAGCGAAGGAAUGAGGAGGCUGAGCGAGUACGGAAGCAAAGGGAGGAGGAGAAACGGGAAAAGGAGACUAAGGAAGGACCAGGAGUGAGGCAGCAACAGAGGGACAGGGAGCUCGAGAGGAUACCGCCGUGGCAACGACAUGAGUUCCAGCAACAGCAACAGCAGCAGCAAGGGAAAGGACCAACAGAUGAGGGGUUACGGCCAGCGUUGAGAAGGGGGAGGAGGUUAAGCCUCGAGGACCUGGUUCCAUGUUGCAACGCGGUCGGGAGAUUCGAGAGGUUUGGGGAGCACGAUGUGGCCUUUGUCUGCGACUUUUGCGACGGCUUCAUCGUCUGGCCGGAUCUACAGAGGAUGCCGUCUACGAGGGCGCCAUUGGACCAGACGAACGGUGGUGGGAGUACAAAUACGACAACGAGUAUCCCGACAUCAACGACGGCAGCGACCAACUCCCCAAAGAAACUCAUUCUACCGACCAUAGUAACGCAAUCAUACCCAUCAGUACUUCCACAACAUUCAACCACAACAACAAAAGAAACAGAACCAGAAACAGCGAGGAUAGAAACCACAUACCCAAGAUGGCAAGCCCAUGGCCUAAGCGCCAAAACAGGCGAAGCCAAAACGGUCGUCUUCGCGCCCAUAGCCAUCGGAAACCACAUCGCUCCCGUCCCCGGCGACUGGCUGGCGAGGAUAUGGUGUCCCUACUGCGACGAAUACACGUACGUGGAUCAGGGCGAGGACAGCGAGGACGAGGUGAAGUGGGCGCAGGACGAGAGAGGGUUCGAGGACUUGGCUAGCUUUCAGGAGCAUCUGGAGUGGUACCACACGGCGUUGCCGGUGCCAAGUAUACCGGCUUUGUUGCCGAAGGCGGCGGGAAGUUGUGCGGUUAUGUGA